CAACACUACGACUUCGUAUUAGCAGCAGCUCAAGUUUUAAACCGGCCCAGUAUGGCAGUCAACGCCGCUGUUGGGUCUAACGACGCCGCCGACAGCAACGCGGAUUCUAUCGCGUUGAGCGAUAUAGGCUUUUCUGAUGUGGACCUCGACCAUGCGGUGGAAAGUUCGAAUGAUUCCGCCUUCCAGCUCGAAGAUGAAGUAGAAGGAAUAUCGACAACAGCAAACGAAGAAGUGGCUUCGCAGCGACCAUACGUACGUGAAGCCACCUUCGACUCGUUUUCGGCAGCAUACAGGGAGAUAUUCGACAGAAGCGAUGACGUCUAUACCUACGAAACUCGAUACGAGAGCGAUCGACUACUGGCUAGGGUAUAUCGUUGCCGCUCGCUCAUUAAUUGUGGAGUUUGCUUCAAAAUCAAAACUGCGGCUGAACCCGAAGCCCCAACACAGUAUUAUCUCGAACGAACCGGAAGUCACGGAUCACAGCCAGCUACGGUCACCCUUCGAGGAAUUCACCCCCAACUUCUAGACGAAGUGGACGCGUUGCUGAACAUGGGUUGGGGAGCUAAGCAGCUCCGGUCUAUGCUAAAUCAUCGAUACCACGACGAACCAAGAUCCCUUCGCAUGGUACCGAGCUGCAAACAGCUUGAGAAUCGCAAAGCAUUUCUUGUUCGUAGCUCCGCUAAUGGUUGGGAUAUCUCGAACCAUGUAACUUUUACUGCCUGGGCAAGUCAGAGAGUGUGUGAUACUCGUGAAAAGUUCAUGGCCGUAGACGACCCGAACGAUAGACGGAUGGAUAAAAUGAUAGUGCUUGACACAUUCAUCUUUGAUGGUCAAGCUCUUGACGAGGGUACGUCAUUUGGUGUUGUGGUCACAACACGACGAGUCUUCAGGAAUGUAACCCGGUCAGUAAGAGAUCAAGGUGAUACUCUCGUCUGUGCAACUGAUGGAACUUAUAAACUACACUUUGGAGGGUGGACAGUGGUUGACCGUGGCUCCGUCGGAUUGACGUGGUCCAAAGGCAAGUACGUUCACAGGUUUAUUCCAUGGGUGUAUAUGUUCGUCAGGACGGAGUCAAAAGCUGGAUUCGCCAAGAUUGGAAGUACAAGUUGCGUUUGGAAGUCUCGCCACUCAGAAGCUAUUGCGUCUGCUUUUUGUGAGCUGUACGCCGAGAUGAUUAGGCCCGGAAUUGACCUCCUUCGAGCCGCUCGCUCUCACAAGCAGUUUGUUAAGCUUGCGGACGUAGUUACAGAACACUGGAUCACUAAUGGAGAGAGUGCCUACGCGAGUUGGUUCAAAGAAGUUUACCUGCGUGAGAGAUGGAAUAGGUGGCAUGUUAACGGGGCCGGAGUUGGAGGAGUAUUACCGAGUCAACAGGGGAUUGAGUCGCACCACAGCGUCAUUAAGAAGACCUGCGUUCCCAGCUCUCGUGCAUCCACCAAUGGUGUACUAAGCGGUAUUCUACCUAGUAUUUUACGGGCUGAUGGAGAGGAUCUUUGCCCUCUUAGAGUCGCCCACUUCAGCGAAGGUCCCGUUCCACCAGAAAUGAUGGUAAAAGCUGGACUUCUGGUUGCUACCCAACGUAACUACAAGCUCGUCUACAAAGGCAGAAGACGUCUACGACGCCUAAGUGCUGUCGUGUUUAACGUUACAAAGCAUGUCGUUGGUGGUCAAGGUAUGCUUGGAGCUAAUGUGGACAAUGAACGAGUGACUAAAUUCCUGAAGUCUCUCGAUAAUCGUUUCCCCAGACGAAUCACUUACUUGGAGCUAGAGUUUGAGCUGCUUUCUCUGCACAGAGUGAUGGUAAAGCACCAAGAGUACCCACCCCCUUUCGAACUUUUGCCAAUUCGGUCACACGAGACGAUCGAACGACUACGGAAAUUCUUGCAAUGUACAUGCGAGGCCUUUAUCCGAUCAGGAUGGGUGUGUUCUCACGUACUAGCUGUACUGUCCUUGUUGGACCUUUUGGAUCUACGUACUGCUAUGGCUACUGUUCCAGUUCGACGUACACCAGGUCGACCUCCAGCUAGGCGUCUAGCCCUGACAGCACAGAGUAACGAGGACGGGUUUUAUGAGGUGAAUCGACUCGUUCGACUUUUUCUCAAGCGACCGGGACACUCGGUCAUUGGCGACGUCAUUGCUGUACGGCUCUCAGACGGAGUGUACAAAUGGUCGGUGCGUUUUGGCGACGGUAGUGUUCAGGAUUAUGAAGCUGAACAGCUAGCCACAGCUGUCAACCGAGCCCACAACCUACACACGCUUCGGGUGCUGAGAACUAAAGACCUGCUAACAAUUUAA